UCUAAAAACAAGAUGGCAGCCUACAUGUGUGUGUGCAAACUGCUGAAGUGAUCUUAUUUAUAAUCUUUCGGCAGUCAAUAAUUCGUCAAUUAUUAUUAUAAUUACUACAGUACACUUUGAGAUAUCAGGUUACUAUGGCGGAUGUGAUUUCGGACUCCUCCAUCCUGAACGAUUCAGCAGCCCCUGUGGAAGAGUCCAGCAUCCAGCCAGAACCUCCACAGGAGAAAAACCAACAGGAGGAACCUGCAGCAGAAAGAAAGACUGAAGGAGAAGAUUGUGAAGAGCGCAGCAACUCUGACCUCUACCGUUACAUCAAGGAGGACAUGUUCACCUCCGAGAUCUUCAAGGUGGAGAUCCAGAACCUGCCCAAGUACAUUGGCUUCAGCGAUGUGAAGAAGUACCUGAACAAACAUGGGCUGAACCCGCACAAGAUCAAGCUGAUGGGGAAGCAGAACUUUGCCUUUGUCACCUUCAAAAACCAGGAGGACAGGGACAAGGCCAUGAAGCUGGUCCAUGGCAUGCAGUGGAAGGGGAAGGUCCUGAGCGUGCGAUUGGCCAAGCCCAAAGCCGACCCGCUCCUCAGGAAGCGCAGGCAGGACGAAGAGGCAGCAGACGGAGGAGAGCCUGCGCCCAAACGUCCUGCUGAGGGACACGACGGCCCCGAGGACGAACCCCUCAGUGUCCAGAUUGCCAAUGCGGUCACACCCCUGUGGCAGGUCCCGUACGACGAGCAGCUCAGGAGGAAGGAGCAGGAGGUGGAGGCGGUCCUGCACACGCUCACCAGGGAAAUAGGUCGCAGUAAUAAAGCCAUGCUGCCGUGGCUGUUUGUGCAGAAGGAGAAGAAUAAAGGUGUGUGUUGUGCGCUCGGGCCCAUCAGACCCUCACCUGUACAGACAGAGUACAGGAACAAGUGUGAGUUUGAGAUCGGUACCGGUGCAGAUGGAGAGGAUAAGACGGUGGGAUUUCGCUUGGGGAAGUAUAAAGGAGGCUCGUGUGCUGUGGUGAGUCCCUCAGAUACCAUCCACAUCCCUGCAGCAGCCAAACGCGUCGUCCUUGCUUUCCAGAACUACAUCAGGACAACUCCGUAUGCUGUGUACAGUCCAGAGACGUACGAGGGUCACUGGAGGCAGCUCACCGUCCGCACAAGCAGAACCAACCAGAUCAUGGCUAUUGUCGUCUUCCAUCCACAGAAACUGUCCGAGGACGAGACGGCGUCUCUGAAGGAGUCUCUGAGAAACUAUUUUACAGACGGCGAGGGGAGGGACAGCGGGGUUACAUCUCUGCACUUCGUGAGAAUGGGACAGAGGACGUCUGCAGGGACGGACGAUCUGCCGUGUGAGCUGGUGGCCGGUGACGCGUGGAUCCACGAGGAACUGCUCGGGCUCAGAUUCCGCAUUUCUCCUCACUCCUUCUUCCAGACGAACACUCUGGCGGCGGAGGUGCUCUACUCCUCUGUAGGUGAUUGGGCUCAGCUGGACCGUGACAGCACCGUGCUGGAUGUGUGCUGUGGAACAGGAACCAUCGGCAUCUCCCUGGCCAAGAGAGUGAGGAAGGUGAUUGGAAUCGAGCUGUGUCAGGAGGCAGUGGACGACGCUAAAGUGAACGCACAAGCUAACGGUUUGACUAACAUUGAGUUCCACUGUGGUAAAGCAGAGGACAUUUUCCCCACCGUACUCAACGCUGUGGUGUCUCCGAAUAUUACUGCGAUUGUAGAUCCUCCACGAGCAGGACUGCAUUCCAAGGUGAUUUUGGCGAUCAGACGGGCGGAGCAUCUGAAGAGGCUGGUGUAUGUCGCCUGUAAUGCGAAAGCAGCCAUGAACAACUUCAUUGAUCUGUGCAGAGCUCCAUCUAACCGUGUUCGUGGAGCACCGUUCCGUCUGGUGCGAGCGAUGGCUGUGGAUCUGUUCCCUCAGACCAUGCACUGCGAGACCAUCCUGCUGUUCGAGAGGGUCGACUACGGCUCCAACACCUCCGACGCCAAGAACUGAGGCGAAACCUAAUGCUAUAUCUCUCAAAUCUAGCUAAUACAGCUAGUAAUGAACUGUUAUUAAUUAGCAUCUCAUUUACAUUUUUUUCCUCGCACUAGCGUUAGCCUUGCUGAACCUGAAAUUCAAAGCAAAUGGAUUUGAGAUGGAUAAGUUCAACCAUUUUGUAAAUUUUUUUUUUUUUAAAAAUGGUGCAAACAAAAUUAUUUUUUUGACCCAGAAAUUAGCCCCACCCCUUUUCCUUUACUCACGUAAAAGAUAUAGUUUCAGUAAACUGGUUUGGUUUGUCACCAGCAAGUGCAAAAGUUACAUAUUGCUGCUUUAAUUUUCUUAUUGUGCACUAAAAUUGAAACGAGACAUGAAUAAAGAGUGAGAGAUCUG